GUGGGGGUGGUGUUGGCGGCUUUCCGAUCAACAUUUUGUGCACAUAUUCAUUUCACUUCCGACCUAAGGCGGAUUAACAACCAGCCCACCAACGAGAAUGCGCACUAUCCUGUAACAAAGUGCAGAUCGGAUGCAAACAGCCGCGAGCAAGUGAGAGUGGAUGCUGGUGCAGGAAUGACAGCCUCCUGAAGGGGAGAGCGAAUAGCGUGGACACGGGAGUUUUGCGUGGAGACCGGCCGAGUAGCACCCAGAACCAUCCCCCGAUUCCACAGAGCCUUCUCCUCGCAUCUUCCCCGAGCCCCUUUCUGUCUUCUUCUCCGGACAACGAUUCCACGAGUUUUUUUUUACUCCCAAACGGUUGCGGUGUUUCCUUAAAAAAUACCCGGUCGCCGGAGUCUUAAACGACCACCCCGGACCUCAUGUGGAGACCGAGCGGGCGCACAACGCGGCGGCGCGCCGAUUUAACGGCGUUUCUAUCCGCGCUCGCAGUUCUGUUCCAGUAGGUCGACGGCGGCGUGCACGGGAUUCCUGUCGGAUAUUCGGCAGCCGACUGGGACGGCACGGGCCUACCCGCGAUGGGCUUUUGAUGCAAACUCAACUGGAACUAACUGAAACGCGUCGCUUGCCCCGCCGCCACCACUUCCAGGAGCCCCGCGGCGCCACCGGCGUUUCCCGGUGCAGGACCACAGGUUCAUGAAAAAAAAGUGGAUAUGAUUUCUUGUUUGGUUGGAACAUUGUCUGACCGUGGAGAGGAUUAUUUAACGUAGAUUAUUAUUAUUAUUUGUGUGGAGUUGUUCCCCUGGCUUCAACAAGAGGGGUCCCUAACUGGAGGAGAAACAGCUUGUACCUAAACGUGGAGGAGGAGAAGGAGAAGGAGGAGGAGAGGGAUACGCGCAGAUCUCCCAAGGCCAUCAUUUCUCUGUUCAGUUAUCUACCCGCUGUGACAAUGUAUCUUCAUGUUGACUCUUAAAUCAUCGAGUAACACCACAUAGAGUUGCCCUGCUCCCCGUGCAGGAUGAUGGAACGGUUGUGGUUCUCUCUGCUGCUGCUGGCAGCGGCAGGCAGAGGACAGCCGUGUCCCAAACGCUGCAUGUGCCAGAGCCUCUCUCCGUCGCUUGCCAUCCUCUGCUCCAAGACCGGCUUGCUGUUUGUCCCCGGGGGCAUCGAGCGGCGCACCGUGGAGCUGCGGCUCCAAGAAAACUUCAUUACAGCCGUCCGAAGAAAGGACUUUGCCAACAUGACCAGCCUGCUGCAUCUGACCCUUUCCAGAAACACCAUCAGUCAGAUUCUUCCUUCAGCCUUCAGUGACCUGCGGCGACUGAGAUCACUCCAUCUAGAUUCUAAUAGAUUAACUGUGAUAAAGGAUGACCAUUUUAUUGGCCUGACCAACCUUCGUCACUUGAUCCUUGCCAACAACCAGCUCCACUCCAUAUCUCCCCAUGCCUUUGAUGACUUCCUGUCCACACUGGAGGAUCUGGACCUCAGCUACAACAACCUUGCCCAAGCGCCUUGGGACACGAUUGGGCGCCUGACCAACGUCAAUACCUUAAAUAUGGAUCAUAAUCUGAUAGAAAAUGUUCCCCAAGGGGUGUUCACCAACCUUCACAAGUUGGCCAGGCUGGACAUGACGUCCAACAAGCUGAAGAAAAUUCCGCCGGACCCGUUGUUCCUCAGAAUCCCGGUGUACGCCAAGUCCAAAGGCUCCCCCCUCACCUCCCUGGUGUUGAGCUUCGGUGGGAACCCCCUUCACUGUAACUGUGAACUUCUGUGGUUGAGAAGACUGACCAGAGAGGACGACCUCGAGACAUGUGCCUCUCCCUCUGAACUCAGUGCCAAGUACUUCUGGACAAUCCCGGAGGAGGAGUUUAUUUGUGAUCCGCCAGUUCUGACCCGUAAGUCACCUCACACAGUGGCCAUGGAAGGCCAGCCUGCCAGCCUGAAGUGCAAAGCCAAUGGAGACCCCGAGCCCGAAGUCCACUGGAUCAGCCCCGAGGGGCGACUUAUAUCUAAUGGCUCAAGAACUUUGGUUUUCCCCAAUGGAAGCCUGGAGAUCAAUGUAACAUCCCUGAAGGAUUCGGGUAACUUCACCUGCAUCGCCUCCAACGCAGCAGGCGAAUCAACCGGAAGGGUGGAGCUGGUUGUCACGGCGAUGCCCCAUUUGGCGAACAGCACAAGCCGCAGCCGAGACCCGUCGUCUGAGCCCGCCCCUUCCGACAUCCUGACCUCGUCCAAGGUGUCGCUGCCUAACAACGAGUCCCGAGCGGCCGACCGGAGGGUCUCACUGGUGGAACUGACUGGGAACUCUGCCCUCAUUAGAUGGAGCAGUCAGACCUCCUUGACUGGAGUCAGGAUGUUCCAGGUCCAGUACAACAGCUCAGGGGACGACACGCUGGUUUACAGGAUGAUCCCAUCCAGCAGCAAUGACUUCCUGGUUCGGGAUCUCGCCACUGGACGCAACUACGAUCUCUGUGUCCUGGCCGUGUUUGAUGAUGUCAUCACCUCACUGACGGCGACCCGUCCUUUGGGCUGUCUGUCAUUCACCACGGACACGGAGUUCAGCCAGUGCCAGGCGUUGCACAGCCACUUCCUGGGAGGCACCAUGAUUAUUAUCAUUGGAGGGAUUAUUGUCGCUUCUGUGUUGGUUUUUAUCAUCAUCUUGAUGAUACGAUACAAAGUUUACAGCCAACAAGGGACGGGCCACGGGAAAGGAGCCAUGGCGGCGACAGCGCCGAGGCCACAGAGCAACGGGCAAGGAGGAGGCGGACAGGCCCAGGCCUUCCCCCACUCUGCCUCGAAAAUGCCCGACAGUCAGGAGGACCAAGCGCUCGCGCCGUCGAGGGCCAUGUCGCCUAGCAACACCACCAGAGACACUGUGGCAUUGGUGGAGGAGGCGAGCGGUGGACGCAGCGUAAUGACAAGGACUGACUCCUUGGCCAAUGAGGAGUUGCUCUCUCCCACCAGGGCCCGCUUCUCCUCCAGGGUUGCCAUUGAGAUGAAGAGCCGACCGCCGUCUGUCGCCAAAGAGCCCACAUCGCCCAAGGAACCGGCAGAACCCUGACGAUGUUGUUCUGAGUGGCAGAUGUCACCACCAGGGAUAACCUGGGGAAAACUGAAGAAAAAAAAAAGCCCUACAAAUCCUUUCCCAUACCUCCUGUUUACCGUGCACAUCACUUUGUUUCCAUGGAUAUCAUUGGGUAAAAGAUCUAUACUGUCUAGUGAACUAUUACUGCCAAUCUUAGUUGUCAUGUCUGGCCUGGAUGUGUCAAGGCCGGUGUUUUGGUCUCAAAUCACCAUUUUCAUGGAUUGCCGAACAAAAAAUUCUGGAUUUUCCACUCUGAAACGUGUAAGAGCAGAAGAGGAUACAAUGGUAGGUAACUUAAAAAUGAAUCAAAAAGAGAUAUGUGGGUUUGCAAAAAAAAUAUAUAGAAAAAAUGAAUAAUUUUCUCAUCAUCUGGAGCAGCAUCAAAAUGAUGACAGAGUGGAUAGCAUUAACAGACAGACAGUACAAUUUGAAUUCAUGUAUAAUCACACUUAACCCCGGACCUACAACAUGACAGACUGCCCAAACAGAAAGCUGAUAACAUUACACAAAAAAUAUUCGGCUUAUGAUGCAAAGAUGUGUUACCCGCUUGGAUUAUAAUGGCUCACUCUUUCUCAACUCAACAUAAUGGACUCUCAACAUGGCCGGCUGCAAGUAGCGCCACCCCAUUCAUCUACAUGGACUGAGCCAAUCCUGCUAAUUUGAACUGAGCUGAGCUGGAGCGGGAUCUCAACCUUGACUGGACCCUGUUAUCUCUCUAUCACAAGUCUGUAAAAAGCACAUAAAGUGUAAAACAUGAACUGAUCUGAACCCAAACUUGGAUACAGUGGAGCCUCAACUGGAAUCGCAGACUGGUGAAAGAUUCAGUCUGUGCAGCGAUGCGAUGCAGACUAAACUGGACUAAACUGCACUAGACAGGCCUGUUGUCAAUUGCUCUGUUUUUCAAUGGAUGGGACUGGAGAGAGGACCCUGUCGACCUUUAACAGCCUCUAACAUCUCUUCAGGCCCACGUAUGCAGAGCCAGGAAUCCGAUGAAGAAGAAAACAGAUGGAGGUGUUAAAAAAAAAAAGUAGCAGGGUGUCAAGAAAGCCAAAAUUAAGCCGAUCAGCCUUCAUCUUCUCAUCUCAAAAUCAUCAACACGGACACAACCGAAUACGUUUACAGCUCCAGAGUUCAACUUUGAAAAUCAAUUUAUUUUAAAGAAUAAAGAAUAAUGUUGGAAGACCGUAUAUGAUACACCCUCCCCCCCCCCCAUACCUUGCAUUGUAAACAUCAUGGUUGUAGCCUGCACUGCCCUCUGCACAUCUUCAUUAUAACGGUCUCAUAUCACUAUGGAGUGAGAUAACGUGCACACAGCACAGCAUGAUAGAUAUCAGGACAAAUCUCACUUCAGGUUUUCGGUCAAAAGAGUAACGUCUCCAAGUAUCUGACAGAUAUCCCUUCAUGUUCAUCAUCAGAGUGGAACGGGUGCUUCAUGCGGGCACCUCUCUCGUCAUUGCCAUGCUUUGACUCUGACUUCAAGCCGGUUAUUGUAAAUGGGAUUUGUGGCACAAAAGUGUCAUCUUAGAUAUGUGCUUUCCAUAUGUGUGUGUGUGUGUGUGUGUGUGCACUUAAUUGAACUUGCGUCAUAACCCGGGGUCAUGAUGGUUGUCAUGAAUGUUAUGGUUUCUUACUAAGAUGUACGUUGGUAGAAGAGCAAAUAGACGGAGAACCUCAAACCGCUUGACCCAUCUCCGAAGAAAUACAAAAAAAUCUGUCUUCACUUUCCUCCCUCCAUGCUCCCUUCACUUCUUUUGGGCUUUAUAUUUUGUAUGUGUACAUACAGCAAUUUGAAAUCUUAUAGUUUUGUACAUGUAAUUUUUAUGGUGUGUGAAAUUUUUUUUAAUAAAAAAACAAAAAUGGA